UGUUAUCAAACACACCAUACAGUUACUGUCAAAUGACCGCCAUGUCCGAUCUGCGCUACGCAGAUAACACAGUUAUGUGUGUACCUUGCCGUUGUCCAAUUUAUAGGCUACAGGACUGAGGAUUCCCUGAAUCCUUGCUCGUUCUCGUACGUCAUGUUUACUUUUCAAACUCAAGCUCGGCAUGGAUACUCUGUUCAAUUCUCGCCAUUUUAUGCUCAGAGAUUGGCCUGUGCUACAUCACAACAUUAUGGAAUAGCAGGAAGUGGCAGACUAUUUGUGCUAGAUUUCACCCCAGGCCAUGGAAUUCAGCCAAUCAGAGUGUUGGACUGGAACAGUGGUCUGUUUGAUGUGACGUGGAGUGAAGACAAUGAAAACGUGUUGGUGACAGGAAGUGGUGAUGGCUCACUACAAGUCUGGGAUGCCAUGCAGCCAGCGGCCCCACUGAAGGUUCUAAAGGAUCACACGAGAGAGGUGUAUAGUGUUCAUUGGAGUCAGACACGAAAUGAACAUUUCAUAAUAUCAGCAUCAUGGGACAGAACUAUUAAACUGUGGGACAUCCACAAAGAAAAUCCACUGAGUACAUGCACAGGACAUGAUGGUUUGGUGUACUCUGCUGUCUGGUCUCCUCACAUACCAGGAUGUGUGGCCUCUGUGUCAGGUGACCAGACUCUAAGGGUGUGGGAUUUGAGGAACCCAGAGGCUGCCCGAAUGAUAAUCCCUGCCCACUCUGCUGAAAUCUUGACCUGUGAUUGGGCCAAAUAUGAUCAGAAUGUAUUAUUUACGGGCAGUGUGGAUGCUGUUAUCAGAGGGUGGGACAUUCGGAGAGGGGAUAGGUGUCUGUGUGAGUUGACUGGUCACCACAUGGCAGUCAGGAGAUUGAAGACAUCCCCCCACGUUGGCUCUGUAUUGGCUUCUACGUCGUACGACUUCACUGUGAGAAUUUGGGACACGUCAUCUAAGCAGUGCACAGAUAACCUGGAACACCACUCAGAGUUCGUCUACGGCCUGGACUUCAACUUACACACCAGCGGCCAGCUGGCUGAUUGUGGAUGGGAUGAGUUAGUGCGGGUGUACUCUGUCCCAAGUUGUCUUCCCAAGGAACCUCCAUAGAUGCAGCACAAAUCCUACCUUGUGUAAUCAGAGUCCCAUUGUGCUCUCUCAUGCACGUGGAGACACAAAUGGAGGCAUUAACUCAAAGAAACUAAGUGAUCAACCUCAUGUGAAGCGUUCAGUUUGAUUUUGAUCAGUACAUCAAACUUUGUAUUAAGUGUCAUUCU